AUGGCCGGUCCCGCGGGUGAUCAGAGCGAGACGGAGGCGGAGCGCCCGUCCAACGCGACCGCGUGGUCCCGCUUCCGGACGAGGGCGAUCGGGAUCGUCAAGCUUGUCCUCGCGCAGUGGCUCGUCAUCGGGUUCGCUAUGAGCUGCGUGUUUGCGUACCUCUUCCCCAAUGUCGCGGCCCGCGGCGGCCCGAUCAGGUCAGAGUACUCCAUCAUCUAUGGCGGGAUCGCCAUCAUCUUCCUCGUCAGCGGGCUGCAGCUCUCUCACGCCAAGCUGCGGGAGAACCUCACCAACUGGCGCCUCCACAUCGUCGUCCAGGGCAUCAGCUUCAUCGUCAUACCCGUGAUACUCCUGAUCGUAGUUCACAUCAUCAUCGCCGCGGGCGGCCUCCGCAACAACGUGCUCUCGACCCCCAUCAUCGUCGGCAUGGUCGUGGCCUCGUGCCUGCCGACGACCAUCGCCUCCAACGUAGUCAUGACGCGCGCCGCGGGCGGCGACGACGCGGCGGCCAUCAUCGAGGUCGUCAUCGGCAACGUCCUCGGCAGCUUCAUCUCCCCUGGCCUCAUCUACGGCUUCAUCCCCAAGACGCCCGAGUUCGCCGACUGGCAGCCCGCGAACCCGAGCACCCUCGGUGCCAUGUACGCCAACGUCCUCCGCCAGCUCGGGCUGAGCGUCCUGCUUCCGCUGGCCGUCGGCCAGGUCGUGCGGUGGUACUGGGAGAGGAGGGUCGAGUGGGCGCUCAAGACGUUUUACCUCGCCAAGGUGUCGUCGUUCUGCCUGAUCCUGCUCGUCUGGACGACCUUCUCGGCGGCCUUCCAGACGGGCGCCCUUUACGUGACGCCCCACGCCUCCAUCAUCUUCAACGUCUUCAUGAACGUCGCCCUCUACGCGGUCUUCACCCUCAUCUGCUUCUGCGCCGCGCGCCCGCCGCCGUCGGCGUGCGAGGCGGUGAAUUCCCGCGUGGGCCGCGCGCCGGGGCCGGAGCUCCUGCGCCGCGCGCUGACGUUGCGCCGGCUGCCGCGGGAGCAGGCCAUCGCCGUGUGCUUCUGCGGCGCGGCCAAGACCACGUCCCUGGGCAUCCCGCUGGCGACGGCCAUGUGGACGGCCUCGGACGACCUCACGCGCGCCCUCAUCCAGAUCCCCGUGCUGCUGUACACCAUCGAGCAGGUGUUCAUGGCGCAGAUCCUCGUCUACGUCUUCAAGUGGUACCUGCGGCGGGCCGCCAAGGCCGAGGCCGAGGCGACGACGGAGGACGAGGAGGGCGGGAGGGGGGAAAGAACGCACGAGUACUCGACGGGCUCGGCCGGGGAUGACGAGGAUGAGCGGAAGGGAAGAAAGGGACCCGACCGUGUGGUGCCGGUCGAGGCGGUAUCACAACAGACCUAG